ACUGUCGCAAUGAGGCGCUUUUCUUCAAAAUCCCAUUUUGCCAGUUGAUUUACCCCCAAUUUCUACCAAUAUAAACUAUCCUUAGCCCCGAUCAUGAGAUUCAGAGCGAAAAUAGUAGACAUAGGGUGCAUACAACACUUUUCUAAGGUUGUCGGGACAAUCGCCAAACUAGCCAAAAACUGUAUUCUAAGAAUUACCCCCAACAAGUUGUAUUUUAUCCUGACGGAGCGGGUGGCCAAUGGUGGAGUUGGCAUUUGGUGUGAACUUAUGCAGAGUCAUUUCUUCAAUGAGUACAGUAUGGACGGUGUCUCCGAGGAGGACAAUGAGAUAUACCUCGAGGUUUGUCCAGACAGUCUCACACGAUCUCUCAAGUCAGCACAGAAUGCAAAAACAGUCAAGAUCAAGCUCACCAAGCGGCACACUUCUUGUAUUACUUUUGAAAUCGAAUUGCCAUCUCUAACGAACCAAUCGCGGUUGGUGGUGCAUGACAUCCCGGUCCGAGUGAUCCCGCGCCGUCUCUGGGUGGACUACCAGGAACCCAAGGUGCCAGAUUUUGAUGUGAGUAUCUAUAUGCCAGCGCUGAAGAUGCUGAGGAAUGUGGUCGAGCGCAUGAAAAACAUCAGUAACUAUGUGGUCAUAUCAGCCAACUGGUGCGGAGAGAUGCAGCUCAAAGUGGAAACGGACUUGGCGGCCAUCACAACACAUUUCAGGGACCUACAGAAUCCAGUAUUGGAUAAAGGUAACACGUCACAGACGUCCCAGAGUCAACAGUCUAGAGAUCGGGAUGUGGAAGAGUUUGCUGAGGCACGCAUUGAUAUCAGAAAGCUGGCACAGUUCUUGAUCGGUCAGCAGGUCAACCCAGACAAGGUGAUAUGCAAUAUUGUUGAUAAUCGCUUCAUCCACUUCUUCCUUCUUCAUGAGGACAUGUCGCUGCAGUAUUUCAUGCCCGUCAUCACUUUAUGAUCCAUGCUGAGGACAUGUCGCUUCUACUGCUCAUCAAUGUUGUCACUGUUUAUGGACUGUAAAACAAACAAUCAGAUUUAAAGAUGCAGUCAUUGGACGAGCAGCAAAGUGCACAAAAGUUGCCAGUACGGUUGAAGGAAUGUGCCCCAAUGCAUCAUUACUUUGUGCCAUUCCAAAGAAGUUUUCCUCGUCAUGAGUUUGGUCUCUUCUGACUUUAGUCUGCAAAGGGAAGGUUAACCCUCUUGGGGUGGACUCCUGUAGGAUAUUCAUUAGAAUCUCCUUACAAUGUAAAUUUGUUAAUAAAACCACGUUAAUUAUAAA